ACUACUUUAUUCACAGACACACAGCACAUUCACAGAGCAGGACAGAGACAGUAACAGUGUGUAGCAGAACAGGAGCUUUAAUAUCUUUCUGAAGUGGAUUUGGUGUGGAGAUCUGUGUGUGUGACCUCAGGAUGAAGAUCCUCCUCCUCAUCUUCACCUUCUGCCUGAUCUCAGAUGGAGGAGACUCCAAGGAAGUAACAGAAUAUUCAGGACGUGACGUCCUUUUCAGGUGCAAGUAUGAUACAGAAUACACACAAAACCCAAAAUAUUUCUGUAAGGGUUCAUCGCCAGGCUGUUCUGAUCUAAUCAAGACAGAAGAUAAAAACAUGUGGGUAACUUCAGGAAGAUUCUCACUGUUUGAUGACACCAAAUUAGCAGAGUUCUGGGUGAUGAUCAAACAGCUCACUGUAGAGGACACUGGGACGUAUCAGUGUGGAGUUGAUAUAUCUCGGGAAAUGGACAUUUACACACCAGUGGAACUAAAAGUAAAGGAAGAUGGAGGAGCCUCCAAGGAAGUAACAGGAUAUUCAGGAGGAGGAGUCCUUAUCAAGUGCAAGUAUAAUACAGGAUACAAAGAAAACAUAAAAUAUUUCUGUAAGGGUUCAUCGCCAGGCUGUUCUGACCAAAUAAAGACAGGAGUUAAAAACCUGUGGGUAUCUUCAGGAAGAUUCUCACUGUUUGAUGACACCAAAUCAGCAGAGUUCAGGGUGAUGAUCAGAGAGAUCACUGUAGAGGACACUGGGACGUAUCAGUGUGGAGUUGAUAUAUCUUUUGGAAAGGACAUUUACACACCAGUGGAACUAAAAGUGAAGGAAGAUGGAGGAGCCUCCAAGGAAGUAACAGGAUAUUCAGGAGGAGGAGUCCUUAUCAAGUGCAAGUAUAAUACAGGAUACAAAGAAAACAUAAAAUAUUUCUGUAAGGGUUCAUCGCCAGGCUGUUCUGACCAAAUAAAGACAGGAGUUAAAAACCUGUGGGUAUCUUCAGGAAGAUUCUCACUGUUUGAUGACACCAAAUCAGCAGAGUUCAGGGUGAUGAUCAGAGAGAUCACUGUAGAGGACACUGGGACGUAUCAGUGUGGAGUUGAUAUAUCUUUUGGAAAGGACAUUUACACACCAGUGGAACUAAAAGUGAAGGAAGAUGGAGGAGCCUCCAAGGAAGUAACAGGGUAUUCAGGAGGAGGAGUCCUUAUCAAGUGCAAGUAUAAUACAAAAUACAAAGGAAACCUAAAAUAUUUCUGUAAGGGUUCAUGGCCAGGCUGUUCUGAUCUAAUAAAGACAGGAGAUACAAACAUGUGGGUAACUUCAGGAAGAUUCUCACUGUUUGAUGACACCAAAUCAGCAGAGAUCACGGUGAUGAUCAGAGAGAUCACUGUAGAGGACACUGGGACGUAUCAGUGUGGAGUUGAUAAAUCUUGGGGAAACAUUUACACACAAGUGGAACUAAAAGUAAAGGAAGAUUUAUCCUAUGAGAAGUCCAUCAGUAAGACUGUCCAUGUAGGAGGAGAUUUAAACAUCAGCUGUAAAUACCCACAAUCGCUCAGGAAUCACGCCAAGUUUCUCUGCAAGGGGCUUCAACCUGCUGCUUGUGUUUACAGUGAAUCUGUUACAGAAAGUAGAAAAGAUGUAAAUGUGGGAAAAUUCUCCCUGUAUGAUGACAAAACAGAACAAAUCUUCACUGUGAGUAUUAGAAAUGUAAUUGAGCAGGAUUCUGGUGAAUACUGGUGUGGAGCAGAAGCAGACUGGACAUCUGAUCAUGGAUACAAAGUUUAUUUCACACAGAUCAGCCUGACAGUUACUGAUGGAGGAGCCUCCAAAGAAGUAACAGGAUAUUCAGGAAGUGAAAUCCUUAUCAAGUGCAAGUAUGAUACAGAAUACACACAAAACCUAAAGAAAUUCUGUAAGGGUUCAUCGCCAGGCUGUUUUGAUCUAAUAAAGACAGGAGAUAAAAACAUGUGGGUAACAUCAGGAAGAUUCUCACUGUUUGAUGACACCAAAUCAGCAGAGUUCAGCGUGAUGAUCAGAGAGCUCACUGUAGAGGACACUGGGACGUAUCAUUGUGGAGUUCAUAAAUCUUGGGGAAAUGACAUUUACACACCAGUGGAACUAAAAGUAAAGGAAGAUUUGUCCUAUGAGAAGUCCAUCAGUAAGACUGUCCAUGUAGGAGGAGAUUUGAAAAUCAGCUGUAAAUACCCAGAAUCCCUCAGGAAUCACGCCAAGUUUCUUUGUAAGGGGCUUCAACCUGCUGCUUGUGUUUAUAGUGAAUCUGUUACAGAAAGUAGAAAAGAUAUAAAUGUGGGGAAAUUCCACCUGUAUGAUGACAGAACAGAACAAAUCUUCACUGUGAGUAUUAGAAAUGUAUCUAAGCAGGAUUCUGGUGAAUACUGGUGUGGAGCUGAAGCAGCCUGGACAUCUGAUCAUGGAUACAACGUUUAUUUCACACAGAUCAGCCUGACAGUUACUGAUGGAGGAGCCUCCAAGGAAGUAACAGGAUAUUCAGGAGGAGGAGUCCUUAUCAAGUGCAAGUAUGAUACAGAAUACAUACAAAACCCAAAAUAUUUCUGUAAUGGUUCAUCGCCAGGCUGUUCUGAUCUAAUAAAGACAGGAGAUAAAAACAUGUGGGUAACUUCAGGAAGAUUCUCACUGUUUGAUGACACCAAAUCAGCAGAGUUCAGUGUGAUGAUCAGAGAGCUCACUGUAGAGGACACUGGGACGUAUCAGUGUGGAGUUGAUAUAUCUUGGGCAAAGGACAUUUACACACCAGUGGAACUAAAAGUGAAGGAAGAUCUGUCAUAUGAGAAGUUCAUCAGUAAGACUGUCCAUGUAGGAGGAGAUUUGCACAUCAGCUGUAAAUACCCACAAUCCCUCAGGAAUCACGCCAAGUUUCUCUGCCAGAGGCUGCAACCUGCUGCUUGUGUUUAUAAAGAAUCUGUUACAGAAAGUAGAAAAGAUGUAAAUGUGGGGAAAUUCUCCCUGUAUGAUGACAGAACAGAACAAAUCUUCACUGUGAGUAUUAGAAAUGUAAUUGAGCAGGAUUCUGGUGAAUACUGGUGUGGAGCUGAAGCAGCCUGGACAUCUGAUCAUGGAUACAAGGUUUAUUUCACACAGAUCAGACUGACAGUUACUGAUCCACGUGCCCCAGUUUCAACCUUAAUACCUACACAACCUUCAUCAGCAUUGUCAUCAUCAUCAUCAUCAUCUUUGUCAUCAUCAUCAUCAUCAUCAUUGUAUGAGCCUACUCCAGCUUCUCCUCCAGGAGGAUUUUCAGCUUCCACUGUGAUCACUGUAUCUGUAAUUUCCCUUUUGAUUGGAAUUUCAAUCCCUUUUGUGAUGUUUCAAGCAGGUUCUAUUUGUACUACAGCUUCUUCUUGUAGUCCUUCUGACCAAGAAUCAGGAAAUGACAAAGGGGUUCCUCUUGCAGUGUGUGAAUAUGAGGGGGAGAAAUCUGCUGAAGGUCUGAUGUACACAACAGUGAUUUAUGUGCAGCAAUUCCACCAGCUCUAAUGAUGCAGUUAUCAGCAUUACACUGCUUUAUGUGGAUAAAUUAUUGGAUGGAGAUUAUGUCCAUCUUUUUCUUCUUACCCCAAAAUCAUGACUAUUACAUGUAGAAACAGCAAAUCUUCAAUAUAAUGCAGUGAAUACACAGAACAAUGAGUUAUGUAGUCAAUUAAUACAGCAUUUAACAAAAUGUUUGCUCCUCUUAAUUAUUUAGAAAGCUCAGAGUCCAGAGUUCCUGCCAUCUUAGAUUGUGUGUCAAAUCUUUAUGAAUAUUCCUGAUCCUGAUAUUUCCAAAAGUCUUAGGUCACCUGGUUGUAUGUGAUUUUUGAGCAUUGCAGUCCACAUUUAGUCCCAAUUUGCCCUUAUAAUUCCCUCCACUCUUCUGGGAAGAUGUUCCACUAGAUUUUGGAGUGUGCUUAUGGAUAUUUUUGUUCAUCAGCCAGAAGAGUGUUACGAAAGGCAGGUACUGA